AUGACAGCGCACAACAAUACCAGCGGUGACGCCGUCGAGCCACAGGCCAAGAGGCGGAAGGUCCGCAAAGGCACGCAGAGCUGCUGGCAGUGCAAGCACCGCAAGGUCCGGUGCUCAUUCACCACCACCCCCUCGUCCGCACGCCUGGCUACCGACACCAUCUGCGACGCUUGCAGGCGUCGCGGCACGAGCUGCAUCAGCCAGGAGUUUCCGGACGAGGCUCCGAAGGCUGCGCAGGAGGUUGGGGAUAGGCUGGGCCGCGUGGAGGCUCUGGUUGAGCGGCUGACGAGCAGCGCCGGGUUCACAGCUGGCGGCGCCCGUGAAGAGGCGGCUGCUUCAACUGUGGUGGUGAGCGAUGGCAGCAACGGGUUGCGGAACGAGAGGCCUCAGCCAGCUCCGGCGGUCGCGACGAACAAGUUUCUGGCUGAUGACGACUCGGCUGUAAAGCAUCGCGAUGUCUCUGAUCGGCUUGCCGCAGCAUGGCCCAGUCCGCGCGAGAUGGACCUCAUCCAGGCCAUCCCCGCCACCAUCCCAACCCUCACAAGCACCUCCUGCACACCCCCCAACCUCGAACCACACCCACCAUCCUCCCGCGACGUCCUGCACCUCCCCUCUCCCGGCUCACAUCCCGUACUCAUCGCCCGAAAGUUACUCUUACUCGGCUGGUUCCUCCAAGGAUGUCCUACCCAACAUCUCACCCAUCUGGGCAUCGACCGUCGCGACGCCAUCAUGUCGCACGCAAUGCGCACGGCUCACGACGCGGUGACGUCGCAAGACCAUCUCGUCGGCUCAGUCGAGGGCGUGGAGUGUCUCUUGAUUGAGAGCCUGUAUCAUAAUCACGCGGGGGACCUUCGGCGCGCGUGGCUCGCUGUCCGGAGAGCGAUACUCAUCGCUCAGCUCUUGAGGCUGUCCAGCGGGGUGAAAGAGACGGCGCUCGACGAAGACGCCGACACACACAGCGUGAUCGAUCCGGUGUUUCUGUGGUUUCGUCUGAUGCAGAUGGAUCGGUACCUCUCGCUCAUGCUCGGUCUCCCACCAGGCUCUCUCGACAAUAGCUUCGCAACGCCCACAGCCCUCGCGACAUGCACGCCCCUAGAACGCAUGCAGCGCAUCCAAUGCGUCGCCGCCGGACGCAUCCUGCAGCGCGACCAGGCAGACACCCACACCGAUGAACAAGAGCUCAAGGACACCAACGAGAUCGACGCCCUCCUUCCCGCGAGGCGCCGCGAGGCGCUCUCGCGCUUCGUCUCGUUCCGGAAAUCCAAGUCUCCGUUGCCGUACUGCCGGGGCAUCGACUUCCUGGCCUUCAUCGCCAGUGCAACGCUCUGCGUCGCACACAUUGAAGCCCAUCGACAUUGCUACAACCCGCUCGGUGAUCUUUCGCGCCGGAAUGCAGCCCUCCAGUUUCUCGUGCACCAACGCCAUGCCGACCGGGCGUUGAUGGAGCUCACUCUUGAAAUCAUGGACUUCAUGGCCUGCGGCGGGGCGGAUGCCAUCGCUCGCAAGAUUGCCACCAUAUUGCGGCGCUUGCUUGGAAUCGAGGCCGAUGCCGCUUCCGGUGCCGCAUACAGGGCCGACUCCUCGCGUGACGGCUUCUCCUGUGAAGAGAGAGAGUUUGACUACUACAGCGACCUUGCGGGAGGUGACGGCACAACUACGCUGCGUGUCCACAUACCACAUCUCGGCACAAUCAAGAUUGAACAGGUCGAUGUGUGCAAAUCGCCUGCGCUUGACCUAGUUCUUCCCGCGAAUUCUGCUGAGGUCCAAUCAGGGAUCCAGGCUGCUCCUCUAGACUGGCCGACCGCCUUGUCCUUGACAAACGCUGCGGCAGACGAUUCGCCCACCUUCACAAACGUGGAUGGAUCGCAAAUGCUUCUCCCUGAAAUGGGGUUUGAUGAUGUGGUGCUACCUGACGUCGCAGGAAGUUGGAUUCUUCACGUGAGCGACAAGAACCCCGAGCUUGCCUAUCAACUCCAAAGAUCUGCCUAG